UUAGUUGACUUAUAGGCUGUAACAAUUGCAGUUAGUUGAGCUGUCAAGUUAUAUUAAAAUAAAUAAUUACUCUGACUGAAGAGAUUUCUAUAUAAGCAGAAUCUCCACAAACUCCAUUCUUGCUCUUCAACAUCAAAAUGUCCAAAGCUCCUCUGCAACUUCUCACAAUCAUUCUCCUUUUCUCUUUUCUUCUCUCAUCUGCUGCUGUCCCAACAACAAGAAGCCUUUUAAACUGGAAAAAUACAUUAGAUGAUCAGUUACAUGGUGGUCCAGAAUUAAGAAAUGAAGAAGAAGAGUUAAUGGCAGAGAAAAGGAUUGAUUUUGAAAAUAAUGACUAUCCAGGGACAGGAGCAAACAACAGACAUGUACCAAAGACACCUGGAAGAGCUUGAGCAAUAUUACAUUUAGAAAUAAUUCGUAUAUAUUAUUAAGCUAGUAUUUUUAUUUGGAUAUGUGGGGGUGAAUCUCUUUUGCUUAGUAUUUCACUUUUUGUGAUGGGAUUGGAACAAGGAAAUUAUAUUAAUUAUUAUCUAGUCAAAUAUCUAUUAUAUCGUUUAUUUAUCAAGUAAAAUA